AUGGUUGCCGGAACAGGUACGCCGAAGAAGGGUCAGAAGGUCACGAAGAAGUACAUCAUCAACGCGACUCAACCAACCAACGACCGCAUCUUCGACCCCUCCGCCUUCGCCACAUUCCUGCAACAGCGCAUCAAGGUCGAGGGUCGCACGGGCAACCUCGGCGACGCCAUCACCGUCUCCAACCUUGGCGAUGGCCGCAUCGAAAUCGUGUCGCAUCAAGAGUUCAGCGGACGGUAUCUGAAGUACCUGACGAAGAAGUUCCUCAAGAAGCAGCAACUGCGGGAUUGGCUGCGGGUGGUGGCUACGGCCAAGGGCGAGUACAGCUUGAAGUUCUUCAACGUUGUGGGCGAUGAGGGCGAGGAGGAUGAGGAUUAG